UGAGAAACUAUUCUUACACUCAGAAUCGUCGAAGUAUGAAGACCGGCAGGCCACUUACGGAUCUACGAACUAAUGGGAACAAGGUACCCAUUCAAGAUGAUGUAUCUCCAAGGAUACAGGGAGACCUUACUCAAGUUCCCAAGUGUGAAGUUGCAGAAACUCGGGUAACGGCCAGCCGGGCGAGACCUGUGCAGGCUACUCGGGACAUCAAGGGAAAACGGCGUGUUGGGAGACGUCGUAUUGUGAACUUUCCUAUUCCCGAUUACGGUGACGUUAAGCCCAAAGUUGACUGUUGGAGGAAGAACUGGAGAACUGGAGACGAAAGCAGUGAGGUUCCCGUUCAAGAUGAUGUAGUACCUCUAAGGAAAGUGGGAGACCUUACUCAAGUGCCCCAGUGUGACGGGGAAGAAACUCUGGAAAGUGUUCCCUUCGUCAGUAUUACAUCGCCACAGGUUAGCAUGAGCGAGCCACCGAAGCCAGAGUCUGGAAGCGUCGAGAGCAAUCAGUCUCUUGGGAGCAGUGUGGAAAAGAUCAUCCAAGAUCUAGACCAUGUCAGCAAAGAUUCCGUGGUCCGCACAUCGAACAUCGAAUCGCAAAUCAGUGGCCAUGACAAGAAGGUUCCCGUUCCAGAUGAUGUAGUACCUCCAAAGAAAGAGCAACUGCUUACUCAAGCGCCCAAAUGUGACGAUGAAGAAUCUCUGGAAAGUGUUCCCUUCGUCAGUAUUACAUCGCCACAGGUUAGCAUGAGCGAGCCACCGAAGCCAGAGUCUGGAAGCGUCGAGAGCAAUCAGUCUCUUGGGAGCAGUGUGGAAAAGAUCAUCCAAGAUCUAGACCAUGUCAGCAAAGAUUCCGUGGUCCGCACAUCGAACGUCGAAUCGCAAAUCAGCGGCCAUGACAAGAAGGAAAAGGCACCUAAAAAGGAAAGAAGGCACAAGAAACUCUUCGGUUGGUGCAGAAAAAAACCAGGGGAUACGAACACUGCAAAGAAACAAAAGAAGAAAGGUCUUCUGCGCAGACUGUUGCGCUGGAUCAAAUUUAAACGGACGCAUACCAAAACGCUGUUACGAGUUUCAAUACUGAGCCAUUUCGUAACAAUGACACGUCUUUACGGCUGCUCCAACCUGGCAAGCCAAGAUGACAUCAUUCAACCUCAGAUCAUCAAGUUGGACCUGGAUGUGCCAGUUUGCUGGUUUCAUAAACUAUUUCUCAUGUCAUGGCUUAGUGUAAUUAAUGAGCAUAUUGGCGAUAUGUUAAAUAAAUGA